GUCAUGUCAAAAUCGACUGACAUUCUCGGCCUCAGCCCCGUUGGCAAGGAAGUCCUUCAUCGGCUUAGCUGGCCUCGUUCACUUUCUGACUGCUCUGUGACAGCCUACUAUGUGUUACCACAGCCUCUAUGCACUGACUACCGCGCCCAAGCGCCAUUGUGCGCCGAGAUUCUGUGAACUUCUGAGAGACUUGGUAUGUGAAAAAAUGGCGGUUAGAUUGGGUGACCGGCUCGUGACAAACAUCACAACAGCGGGACAUGGUUGAUUUUGUGACCGACGAAGGGAGAGACUGGUCACCGGGCCUAUGCAGGAUCAAAUUAUAUAAUCCUCUUCAUAUCUUAUGCUGGGGAAGAUGUCGUGCACACGAAAGUAACAGCUUACACCUGCUCCUUUACUUGGAAUAUCUCCGCAUAUCCACGGUUCUUCAAAACCAAUCAAAAAUCAAGACCUCCGUAACAAGAUGCCUAGCUACAACCCUCGAGAGAUGGAGUCCGGCACCCUUGCACUGCUCUCUAGAGGUCUCUACAUCUCCGAGUCGUGCUGUGCAGCGGUUGUGUUGGGUAUCAACUCCUGGUACCUUUCAAACUAUAACGACACCCCGGUUUAUCCCCAGGCUCGUCUGAUCUACACAGAAAUCGUCGCCGGCCUUGCGAUUGCACUGGCCAACGUCCUCGCCUGGAUUUACAACGUCGUCCCCAAGUUCUUGGCCUUGAUCAACCUGUUCUUCUCUUUGGCCUUCUUCUCGGCGUUCGGAGCUUUGGUCGAGUUCGACUGCAACAAGAACUGGCACGGAUGGGAGACCGGUGUGGGAGAAUCAUACCGUGCCUGUUGGAGAGCGACCGAGGCUUUCUGCUUCAUUGGCGCCUUCUUCUGGCUCUGCAGCGCAUUCCUGGCCUUCUUUACUCCCGCAGCCGGAGCCCAGACACACCACCUGCCUCACAUGAGGAAACACAGCCAGACUCCCAGUGAACAAGUGUAAAGCUUGGUCCGACGACAAGAGCGUGGGAUGUGACAACAACGACGGAAGCUGGUCUACCGAUUUUCAUUCUUGCAAAUUCUGAAGGAUGGUUUCAGGGGUUCAUGUGAUAAUAAUGGGGGUUUUGUCGGUGGGAGAAAGUUUGUGGCGGGUUACUUGCUGAUUCAUUGCUGGAUAUCUUUGUACAACUACGAGUAAUUACCUAAUCAUAAUGUUUGUUUAAGCACACAACAGCAGACGCGACAAGGGAACUCUCUGUGCAGUAUCCCGAGGGUCACUAAGCUGAAGCUGAAGCUUUGUCUUGUUGUCCAUUCCGACAGGUCAGCUCGGAGGCCCCGAGGAGCGUGGGAAACUGACUACGAAUCAUCAGUGCUCGGUAUAUCGAUAGUCGCCCAAAGUUCGGAUUGAUAUCGGUUUCAACACUAAAUAGUGUAAAGCAGUAAAUCGCGGAGUAUUGACGGCCAAAAGCUUGCAGAUGAUCGACCGUCAGAUUGCGCGCAGGUCAUCUUAUGCAUAAUGUUGUCA